CCCCCGGGCCUGGAGGCCGCGACCCUCGUCCCCGCCCCGGGGGGCCCCCCCGGGCUUUGGCUUUUCCGAGGAGCAGCGCCUCCUGGCGGCGGCGGCGGCGGCGGCGGGCGCCCGCCGUUAACCCUUCCAAGUUCUCCCCCGGUCGCCGUCGGGGCAGAGCCGGUCCCGGGGCCGGGCCUCCCCUUCGCCCCGGCCAUGGCCGAGCCCCUGGGGCCGGAGGACCCGCCGCCACCCCCUGCGACCUGCUCGUCCUCGGACGGCGCCGGGGCCCGCCCGGCCGCCGGCCAGAACGGCAACGAGCCGGGGCUGGGGGGCGACCGGGCGGCGGCGGCGGCGGCGUCGUCGGGGGACGAGGCCUGGCCGCAGCAGAGGCAGCCGGGCAAGAAGAAGCACCGCCGGAGGCCCUCCAAGAAGAAGCGGCACUGGAAGCCCUACUACAAGCUGAGCUGGGAGGAGAAGAAGAAGUUCGACGAGAAGCAGAGCCAGCGGGCCUCCCGCCUGCGGGCCGAGAUGUUCGCCAAGGGCCAGCCCGUGGCCCCCUACAACACCACCCAGUUCCUCAUGGACGACCACGACCAGGAGGAGCCCGACCUGAAGACGGGCCUCUACCCCAAGCGGGCGGCCGCCAAGUCGGACGACACGAGCGACGAGGACUUCGUGGAGGAGGCCGGCGAGGAGGACGGGGGCAGCGACGGCAUGGGCGGCGACGGCGGCGAGUUCCUGCAGCGGGAUUUCUCGGAGACCUACGAGCGCUACCACGCCGAGAGCCUGCAGAACAUGAGCAAGCAGGACCUCAUCCGCGAGUACCUGGAGCUGGAGAAGUGCCUCUCCAGGAUGGAGGACGAGAACAACCGGCUCCGGCUGGAGGGCAAGAAGCCCCCCCCGGGCCCCGACGACCCCCGGCUCAGGGACCUGGAGCUGGAGGUCGAGCGGCUGCGGGCCGAGAACCUCCGGCUGCUGCGGGAGAACCAGCAGCAGCUGCAGCAGCUGCAGGACCGGCCGCCGCUCGACAACUUCGGGGACUAGACGGCGCGCGCGCGCGCCCCCCCCGCCGCCGC